ACUCCCAACUCUUUUCAUUUAUAUUACUGAGCCUCCAUCGCAUUACCAAUUAGUAAACACUUUCAUUGCAUCAGAUCAACCGAUAGAGAGAUGAUCAAGUCUCUGAGCUUCACAAGUAUGUUCCGUGUUUUACUUCUCAUAUCGCAUAUUCUGCUACUACUGGGAAUGAGCUGCAGUGCAAAAAAGAAUCACUUAUGCGCCGCUUCAUCUUGCGGCGAGGUCCGUAACAUAAGCUAUCCCUUUCGAUUGAAAGGCGACUCAAAAGGCUGCGGCCUCUCUAAGUAUGAGCUAGUCUGUGAAAAUAACCGCACCAUUCUAUAUUUGUACGCCGGCCGAUAUUAUGUGAAAUCGAUUUACUAUAGUUUCUAUGACGGCGAAGAUAUAUUCGGCGGUGAUAUCACAGUGGUUGACGAUGGAUUGCAAAAGGAUAAUUGCUCAUCCCUCCCUCGUUACACAUUGGCGCGCUCCAACUUCAGUAUAUAUGAUCCAUACUAUGCUAGUUUUGAGCACCAGACAGUGUCCGUGGCCUUCAUGAAGUGCUCACAGCCCGUUGCUUCUACUUUGUAUGUCGAUACUGAACCAUGUAUUGAGGGAGCAUACUCUGCCGACGCGCCUCCUAAGUUUUCCCAGAUGAAGGUCUACUCAUACGCUGGGUCUGAUCUACAAGUAUGGGACAUCAAGGAUUUUUGCACCAUAACCAUGAUGACAUACGCAUCGGAUUAUAUCCCGGGGUGGGAAAAGGAUCGCUAUAAUCCCGCAAGCUUAACAUACAAGGACCUCCGCAACAUGAUGGCCGAGGGCUUCAAUCUCUCCUAUGGGGAAGUAGGCCUCUCGACAUUAAGUUCAAUCCCUUCUUGCUUCUUAUUCUUCAGACACCGAAGGGAGUGGUGCAGGCACUACUAUGACACCUGUAAUAAUCUCUGUCGAAUUCUCUUGCUAUCUACAGAUAAAUCGAGGUGGCAUAUCGCGCUUAAUGUUGCGCUAAAGGCAGCAAUGGAUCUCUCCUCUGUCUUGGGCCACUUCCUAGCAGCAAAAUUCAUACUCGGAGCUCCAUGUGUAUUGAUACUUCUAAUCUAUAAGUGGAAGAGAAGGCAUCAAGCGAUCGACGCAAACAUCGAAGAAUUCCUACGAGCUCAGAAUAACUUUUUGCCCAUAAGGUACUCUUACUCGGAUAUCAAGAAGAUCACAAAAAAUUUCAAAUACAAGUUAGGCGAGGGUGGAUAUGGUUCCGUGUACAGAGGAAUCCUUAGAAGUGGCAAUGAAGUUGCGGUUAAGAUUUUGAACAAACCAAAAUCUAACGGCCAAGAUUUUAUAAGCGAAGUGGCCACAACUGGAAGGAUCCACCACGUUAAUGUGGUGCAACUUGUUGGUUUUUGCUUCGAUUACUCCAAACAAGCUCUUGUCUAUGAUUUCAUGCCGAACGGAUCUUUGGAUAAACACAUUUCCUUUAAGGGUGGUGAUGAUCCUCUUGAUUAUAAGAAAAUGCAUGAGAUCUCUCUUGGCAUAGCUAGAGGGAUAGAGUAUCUGCAUCGGGGAUGUGAUAUGCAAAUUCUACAUUUUGACAUCAAGCCUCACAACAUUCUCCUAGAUCGAAGUUUCAUUCCAAAAAUUUCUGACUUUGGACUUGCAAGACUUUAUCCCACCGGUUACAGCAUAGUAUCGUUAACUGCAGCAAGAGGAACCUUGGGAUAUAUGGCACCUGAGCUGUUUUAUAGGGACAUUGGUGGCGUUUCUUAUAAAGCCGAUGUUUAUAGUUUUGGGAUGUUGUUGAUGGAAAUGGCUGGUAGAAGGAGAAAUCUAAAUGCACAUGCAGAGCGUUCAAGUCAAAUUUACUUUCCUUUGUGGGUUUAUGAUCAACUCAGCAAAGAAAAGGAGGUUGAAAUAGUAGAUGUCAUAGAAGAGGAAAGAGAAACAACAAGGAAGAUGAUAAUCGUUGCACUAUGGUGUAUACAAUUGAGCCCUAAUGAUCGGCCAUCGAUGAACAAAGUCCUCGAUAUGCUUGAAGGAGAUGUGGAUAAACUGCAACUGCCUCCGAAACCGCUUUUGUAUCCGAGCAGGACGCCGGAUGAUGAUGUUGACGCGGAGAUAGAACUUGAAACAAUCUCAUCUUCGUCAAGUGCUCCGGUAAUUUCUGGCAAUUACCAACUUCACCAGGACAGUGAGUUUACGAAAUCAUGUAUUGUGUGAUUGUUCUCCUCUUGUAGAAAUGAAAUGCAAUAUAUAAAUAGUACUA